AGCGAAGUGAGACAGAACAUAACUAAAGAAAAAUAAAACAGACGGAAUAAAAAAAAAAGGAAGCAGAAGAAGAAGAAAACGAACAAGACCCAAUGAGCAGCGAUCGAAGCUAAUAAAGACAGAAGAAGAGCUUCAGCUUAUAAAGGGCAAUACGAACACGAAGCCUUAGAAAUCAUUGUGUUUGGUCGGAAUAAGAUAACUUCCUUCUUUUGUGUUCGGUCUUCUUGUCGUUUGUCUGAAUUCUGGGUCAAUAUUUGGCCAAAAAAAAAAAGGUUAUUCCUUUUUUUUUUCAAUUCAAUCUUCAAACACUUGUUUCUCUGCUUCCAAGCUUGGGGCCCGCUUCUCAUUCCCCCGCUUCCUCCAUCUUCAUUUCGAAUUCGUUGCUCUGUUCUCAAGCUCGAAUCUUUCUUUUUUUUUUUCUUCUCAAACUCCACUGAUCUCGAUUUGCUCCAGCUGGAAUUCUCAAAGUUGUUAGCUUUACGAAUUGGGCGUUAAAGAGAAAUGCUGGAUUGUUCUGUUCUGCUCUGAUUCAGUUUCGUCUUCUUACCCGCUCGUGAAGUUGGUGAGAUUGUCUUUCUUGAGGGAUUGAUUUGGGUAACUUUGAGCUUCUAGGGUUUGUAAGUAUAUAUCCUGAUACUGAAUCAGCUAUAAAGGUUGGAGUUUUAAGGCUCUUGGUGUAAGCUGGAUUGUAGAUGAUGAUGAUGAUGAUGAUGAUCUCUGUUUCUCUAGGGUUUUGAUUUUGAGGAGAUGAGAUUUGGCUUUGCAUUGUAAUGUCUCCUAGAUUUACAAGUUGGGAGUGUCAAGUUCUUGAGAUGCUCCUGGGUUUGAGUUGAGUAUAAUAAGUUUAUAUGAGUUUGAUCUAUUGGUGUCAAAGAUAACUAAGACGCUGAGAGGGUGGGAGCAUCUUGUUGUCUCCUCUGUUUCCAUUUUAGAAGAAAGAAGCAUAAAGAGAGAGAGAAGUAUGCAAGGUGCUGAAGAUCACAGGAUUGAUCUGGCUGAGCUGAAACUGCAUAUUGUGAAGAAGAUUGGGGUUGAAAGAUCUAGAAGGUAUUUUUAUUACUUGGGUAGGUUUCUGAGUCAGAAGCUUACUAAGAGUGAGUUUGAUAAGUCAUGUCAACGUCUUUUGGGGAGGGAGAAUCUUCCUCUACACAACAAGUUGAUUCACUCCAUCUUGAGAAAUGCAUCUCUUGCUAAAUCCCCACCGCACAGAACCAAAUCUUUGGUGCUUGGGAAAGAAGAUGGACCUGAACAAACCGGCGGAUCUCUCAUCCCUAACCAUAAUAGGAAUGACCCGGUUUUGUCAAAUGGGGUGUUACACAAGGCUCGGUCUGGGACAGCUAGAGAUAGGCCUAGUCCACUUGGGCCAAACGGAAAGGUUGGUAGUCUGCUGCAUCAUCAGACACUUUGUAGUAGAGAGAACGGGAACUUUGGUCCUUCUGCUUAUCAUAGGCCAGGUCUGUAUUCUGAUGAAAGAGGCGGUGCGUUUCCUUGUCCUGCUGAAAGACUGAGUAUACCGGAUAAAGGCAAAGUCACAGCUCAAGUUAGCAGAGAUGAUGACAAGGCUCAAGAGGAGCAAGGUAGAUUGGUUCUUUCCAAGAGUCCUGUAAUGGCACCUCUAGGGAUUCCAUUCGGUGGGACCCGCAGAACAGUUCCAGCUUCGACCAGGGCUGACUUCAUUAGUUGCUAUGACAGUGGUGGACUAUCAGAGACAGAGAUGCUGAGAAAGAGGAUGGAGAACAUUGCAGUAGCACAGGGUCUUGGAGGGGUUUCACCGGAGUGUUCUACUAUGUUAAAUAGCAUGUUGGACGUGUACCUGAAGAAACUGAUCAAGUCAUGCUUUGAUUUGUCUGGAGCUCGGUCUAUACCUGGAAACCAAAGUUCAGACAAACUGCAGAGCCGAGACAAGACUGUAAAUGGGGUGUGGCCGAGUAAUGGUUUGCAGAUGCAAACUAUCAACCAACCUUAUGGCUUAACGCAAGAACAGCAUCCGGUGUCUUUGCUUGACUUUAGAGUUGCAAUGGAGCUAAAUCCACAUCAACUUGGCGAAGACUGGCCAUUGCUUCGGGAGAAAAUUUCUAUGCGUUCAUUUGAAGAAGGGGAAGGGGUGUGAAGGAAAUGUUUGGGAUGUUGGAUGUUGCAAAUUGUCUAAGUAAGCUGCUCUGGUCCCAUAAAGAAACUGGCAAGUGUGGUUUUGGUCCAGUGGACCUGAUGGCUGAGAGACACAUCUUCCUUCUGCUGCAGCAGAAUCAGGGCCGGUUAUAAUGCAGCUAAAGCCCAAAGAAGCGUAUGCGAAUGCAAAAUACGUGUUGUUGUUGUUAAGAUCAGCGGCCAUCCCAGCGAGUUUCAAGCUCUGUGCAACACGCAGGCUGAUAAGGGGAAGUUUUGGCAGAGAUACUUUGGGUUUUAAGGUGGGAGCAAGGUACAAACAAUCAUGUAAUAGCUACAGUAUUGCUGUGUAUGUAACAUAGUCAUAGAGUUUGUUUAGGAUUUAUAUCUUGAAAAGACUUUUUACCUGCAUUUACUUUUACAUUAUUGUUUUUCUCAUUUCAAUGAAAAAAGGUUAUUUUUAUA